GCAAUGUGGAAAGUAAAUCAGCAGCUCCAGACAAGCCAUUUCUUCCAAUUGCACCUCAAUCUUCAAAGUGAUUCCAUCAACCGCAUCUACCACAUCCACUCUCCUCGCAGCAAUGCCUUCCAACCCUUUCAACAGCAUGUACCGGGCUAUCCGGUCGAAGUCUCCCAAGAAUGGCAAUGGCUCCGAAGACUCCAAAUUUUUUAUGAACAAUGCGGACUCGAAACAAACCAAAGACAGCACGUCUUCAAAAGAACAUGCGCAAGACGAUUCUGCUUCGGUGCUCAGCGAUGCCACUACCCUAGCUCCGAGAAAAGACGAACAGCCUCCGAGAAAAGGCGGCAGUCGAGAUCAGGAAGAGAUUGAUUUCGAUUCCGUGCGAUACAACAGUGAUGCGAGGAAUGGCGACCCGUCAUUGAUACCGCGUGUUGCCCGAUGCGCACCUUUGUCUGCACGUUAUAGCGCUUUUCACGAGAGAUGACCGAUCAAAAUGUAUGGUAAUGGCUGGGAAAUAGAGAGGACUUUUGGGUUUGUUUUCUGGGGACAGAAGAGGGCAGUGUGUUGGAGUCUUUUGUUUGGGAUACUAUCAGAAUGCAUAGUAUGUCACCAAAUCGGCGGCAGAACGCACAGAAUAGAUAGUAGCAAGGGUUAUUUCUCUGGCAGCUCGAAACAACAUACGUAAGUGUUUGAGGAACUCAAACGGGCGACAGCAUUCUUUGAAGUGCUCUGGGUAUGGUACUUCUGGUCCAGUCUUCGAUUAAGAAUAGACUAUUAUC